UUGAUCAAAGAGCCACCAAACAAUAAACAAUCAGCCAUAUAUCCGUGUCUAUUGUCCAAACUGCGUUGAAAAAAGACGAGGAAAAAAGGCAGUAGUACAGCAGCAGUAGUAAGAAUCGUAGGUCUAGUUGCUUCAGCUGAAAAAGAUAAGAAAGGGAAGAAGAGAAGCUCGACAGCUGGACUGAUAAAGUUAUAGUUUGGCCAACUAUUUCAGACGGAGGCGGUUUCCAAUUGAUCACUGAAUUGCUGAAUCAGAAUAGAGGGAACAGAAAAAAAUGGCUCACUACAAGGGAGCAGCCAGCGAAGCUGGCAGAGCAAUGCAGCUGAUGAAAAAACGAGAGAUAGCGCAACAGGAGAUAGAAUUGAGAAAAAAAAAGAUAGAGGAUGAUCUCAAGAUUCACAAUAUCGAAAAUAAGUUUGCUACUCACUACAAUGCGGUUGAACAACAACUCAAAACUUCGACCAUUGGCCUUGUGACACUGAAUGAAAUGAAAGCGAAACAGGAGAAUAUAGUGAAAGAGAGGGAAAGAAAAUUGGCACAAAAAGAAAGGGAAAAAGAGCAAGAGAAAGAGCGAGCUUUGGCUGCGAAGCAGGCAGAAAAAAAUAAACGAAAGAAGCAGAUACAAGCCCUGUCGUUUAAUUUAGAAGAUGACGACGGAGAGGACAGUAGCGGUGGCAACAGUAGCCCUGUCCCCGUAAUUUUAGAUAAUUACAACAAUAUACGAGAUGAGGAAGAUCAAGAUUCCGAUGCAAAAUCGGAUAAAUCAAAUAAAUCCACUGGCUGCGAACGCUUACAACCGCCACUGCGUAUUAAAAAAAUCAAGAAAAAUCCUGAUGUUGAUACAAGCUUUUUACCCGACAGAGAAAGAGAAGAGGAAGAAAACAAACUGAGGGAAGAACUACGACAAGAAUGGGCUACCAAACAGAAUGCCCUUAAAGAGGAGGAAAUUGAAAUAACGUUCAGUUACUGGGAUGGCUCGGGCCAUAGACGAAGCGUUAUCAUGAAAAAAGGUAAUUCGAUUUAUCAGUUGCUGCAAAGAUGUCUCGAGGUUUUGAGAAGAGAAUUCAGCGAAUUGAAGACAGUCAUGGCGGACCAAUUGAUGUAUGUAAAGGAGGAUCUGAUACUGCCGCACCACUAUACUUUUUACGACUUCAUCGUCACGAAGGCAAGAGGUAAAAGCGGUCCUCUAUUUACAUUUGAUGUUCAUGACGAUAUUCGGAUGGUUCACGACGCCUCUGUCGAGACCGAAGAAUCUCACGCCGGUAAAGUUUUGUUGAGGUCGUGGUAUGAGCGGAAUAAACAUAUAUUCCCGGCUAGUAGAUGGGAACCGUACGAUCCAACAAAAACAUAUGACAAGUACACCGUUUCCGACAAGAAGAAAAAAGAGUGAGUCAUUCGAAAAUUCCAUCAUAGCAACGAGACUAAUUUCACAGACUAUUAUGAUUUCGUUUGAAAAAUUCAAAAUCGAAAAUAAAAGGGAAAAAAUGCGAAAGUCACUCCACAGACGAACCGGAAACAGUAAUAUUUUCUGCAUCUCUGGAAACGUAGAUUUUUUCCCCUCAUUUACCACCAAGAACAAUAAAAUGUGGACAUAUCUAAUAUAGUUACCAGACACCUUAUUCAAAUCUGAUUUAACAUUUAGUCAUCAACGAGUAGAAUUUUGUAACGAUAACAUAUAGUGUUAGAAAAAUAAAAAAACUUCCUCCUUAA